AUGAGCUUGGAGAAAAUUGCUUUUGUAUUCUUGUUGAUGAAGCACAAGAUGAAUCUAAAAGAGAACAAAUGGCCAUUAUCUUGCGAUUUGUGAACAAUGAUGGUGUUAUAAUAGAACGUUUCUUUGCAAUCAAAAGCGUUAGUGAUACUACAUCAUCGAAUCUAAAAAAUGAGAUAUGUGAUGUUCUUGUUCGUCACGACCUUCAGGUUAAAAAAAUUAGAGGGCAAGAAUAUGAUGGUGCUAGCAAUAUGCGUGGUACUUGGAACGGACUUCAAGCGUUAUUUCUUAAAGAAUGUCCAUAUGCUUACUAUAUCCACUGUUUUGCUCAUCGACUACAACUGACAUUGGUUUCUGCAGCCAAGGAUGUGAUUUGUAUUUGGAAAUUUUUUUCUCAUUUGGACAAUAUUGUUAAUAUUAUUACUUCUUCUCCUAAGCGCAUUAAUGCGUUACAAACUGCUCAAAGAAGGGAGCUUGAGGAUAUGUUGGCUAGUGGAGAACGACAAUCUGGAAGUGGGAUCAAUCAAAUUGGUAAUUUGCAAAAAUCAGGCUCUACUCGUUGGAGUUCACAUUAUGAAUCGGUAAAGAGUUUGAUAGAUAUGUACGCUGCAACUUGCAAGCGACUACUGAACGAGCUUUUUCAGCAAUGAAACAUGUGAAAACAGCAAUUCGUAACAGAAUGGAAGAUGAGUUUCUUGCUG